CGUGGGAAUUGCUGCGUUCGAAGCCGCUGCUCAGGUGACGGGACGACGUGACGACGAACGCCGACUUCCAUUCGAAUUCAGGAACAAUAAAUGAAACUUUUUAAGAUUUAAUCGCAGGAGGAUUUUAAAUGUCCCAGGCUGUCGGUAGUGCUUGGUUCUUCGGUGUGUUCAAGUGCUCAUCGGCGACGAAACAAACCGUGAAUGCCAUGUGGACAUGACGUGGCAAAUGCAUGAUGAAGAGUCUGGUCGGGAUCAUGUGGAUAGUACUAGUACUUGUCUCAGGAUGCUCCGGUAACCCCGAUGCCAAACGCCUCUACGACGAUCUUUUAUCGAAUUACAAUAAAUUGGUGCGCCCAGUUGUCAACGUUACAGAUGCCCUAUCAGUUAAGAUCAAGCUCAAGUUAUCACAGCUUAUUGACGUUAAUCUCAAGAACCAAAUCAUGACGACGAAUGUAUGGGUUGAACAGUCGUGGUAUGACUACAAACUCAAAUGGGAACCAAAGGAAUACGGGGGAGUUGAGAUGCUCCAUGUUCCUUCAGACCAUAUUUGGAGACCGGAUAUUGUUCUUUAUAAUAAUGCAGAUGGCAACUUUGAGGUGACACUCGCCACAAAGGCAACCUUGAACUACACCGGGCGAGUGGAGUGGAAGCCUCCAGCCAUUUACAAGUCUUCCUGUGAGAUCGAUGUCGAGUACUUUCCUUUCGACGAACAAACCUGCGUCAUGAAGUUCGGAUCCUGGACCUACGAUGGGUUUCAGGUAGAUCUUCGUCAUGUGGAUGAAAAGAAGGGAUCAAGUGUCGUCGAUAUUGGCAUAGAUUUGACUGAGUUCUACACAUCCGUUGAAUGGGACAUAUUAGAAGUUCCAGCUAUAAGAAACGAAAAGUUUUAUACCUGCUGUGAUGAACCUUACCUCGACAUAACGUUUAACAUCACCAUGAGACGCAAGACGCUAUUUUAUACAGUAAACCUCAUCAUACCGUGCAUGGGAAUUUCAUUUCUCACCAUACUUGUGUUCUAUUUACCAUCAGACAGCGGAGAGAAGGUCAGUUUAUCGAUAUCCAUUUUGCUGUCCCUGACUGUAUUCUUUCUGCUGCUGGCUGAGAUUAUCCCACCAACAUCGCUUGUGGUGCCUUUGCUCGGAAAAUUUGUACUCUUUACCAUGAUUUUAGAUACAUUUAGUAUAUGUGUAACGGUAGUGGUACUCAACGUUCAUUUCCGAUCUCCCCAAACGCAUGUUAUGGCGCCUUGGGUGAAGCGAGUAUUUAUAGAUCUUCUGCCAACAAUAUUGGUUAUGCGGCGACCGCAGUAUCCAGUCAGAAGAAGUAUGUUUGCGCACCCCCAUCAUCGCCUUGUCGUUAGAACAUGUAACGGACUGGAAGUUAGGGAUGCCGACAUGUAUAGCGGCACGACAGCUUUGGACGAUGUUCCGGAAGGAAUAUUUCCCAGUGCAAGCUCGCGAGAUGAACUCACUCCUAGGGAAUUAGAAGCUGGCACCCUUUCAAGUUGCGAAAUUCAUGGAACUACCCCGCCCCAUGGAAUCGAAUUUAAUUUAGCGGACCUAAGUUCUUUGCCAUUGAACGAUUUGCCCUGCAAAGAAUCUCAUGCGUGGCAUCAUUGUCCAGAGGUUCAUAAAGCCAUUGAUGGUGUUCGAUUUAUUGCAGACCAUACGCGAAGAGAAGAAGAUUCCACUAGAGUAAAGGAAGAUUGGAAGUACGUCGCGAUGGUACUAGAUAGAUUGUUCCUGUGGAUUUUUACGUUGGCAGUUUUGAUCGGAACAGCCGGUAUAAUUCUUCAAGCACCAACACUAUACGACGACAGAAGGCCUAUCGACGUGCGCAUAUCCGAAAUAGCUUCCACAACUGCUAAACCCCAUGUUGCGUCUACAUUGUAGUAUAUUGUAAUGGCGUUCUUAUACGAGGACACCGACCAUUAACACCGCUGUUAAUAUUCGGUGACGAGGAGUAGACCGUUUUGGCUCAUUGUACAUUUGGCGGUUUACGACUUGUGUUUCUAGUAAAUAAUUUUAAGAAGAUGUUUAAUUUAACAAAAUUGUUGUUUGUUGGGUGCGCCUGUUUCCAAAACACUGUACACAUGAGUAAAAAGUCACUGUAACAGGGUUUCAAUUAUUUUCAAUGUAGAAUUGUGGUAACUAUUUCAAAACAAGUCAAAAAAAUCGUGAGAUGAUUUCUCUGUAAAAACAUUCCGCCUCAAAAUAGUUUUAUCAACAAGAAUUCAAACUUUAAUUUAAGAAUUAAAAAACAUUCUUUGGUUUAAAAUUGGCGAUCAAGGAAAAUACAGACAAAUUUUAAGUUUUAAGAGUUUGUGUAGUUUUACAAUCAAGCAUACCAAAGGAGACACAGUAUAUAUGAACUUUUAGUUAUUAAAUAUGGAAUUAAAACUGGAAAAUUAAACUUGUAUCGCCAUUUCAUUUUAGUUUAAUAGAGUUGACUUUUAAUCAAGGAACGACGCUUCACUGAAAUUUUUAGUUAAUUGUUUCGCAAAACAACUUUUAAGUAAUUAUUUUUUAAGAGCGAAAGAUAUAAUUUUAUUUCGAAGUAAUUAAUUAAUAAAAGUUUAUUUCGACGUUUUUUCCACCAAAUUCUUAAAUUUUCACGUCAUUUUGUCACACACUGGAACUUCUGAAUUGAGGUCCUUGCGUAAUUAGUUAACUUUAAAAUUCUAAAAGCGUUUUACCAGAAAAGUGUUAUUAAAGACCAAAAAUUACAUUGGGAUGUAAAUUUUAUGUUGCUGUUUUUUAAAAUAUAUAUUUUAACAUUAAAUGGCCCAAGCGUAAUA